AUGGGCCACAAAUUUUCCGUCGUUCAUGGUGUCAAAUCGGACAAGUUCUACGAACAAGGGAACGCUAUCAACGAAAUCUGGGUUGGAGACGUCGAGAUCAUCUCCAGACUCCCCUUCGGCGAUUCAGACAUCAGUCAAGCUGGCUGGUCUCCGGGCAAAUGGCCCAAGAUUCCGUGGCAUCAUUUUAUCAUCCCUUUGAAACGUGAUCUCAAGACGGUCUACGCCGAUUCCGAGUACCAAUCCAAUUCAACUACGGUGAGAUCAUUCAAGGACUACAAAGACCGGUUCAUGUUGAUCCACCUAGGCAUUCUGCUGGUGUUCCUUGUUUUCGGUGUUUUGCGGUUGAUUUUGAAGCACAAACGAGCUCGUUUGACGCAUCUGCGAGACCUCGAUGAGGAAAAUAGCCCUUCGUCGUGUGUAUGA